GUCCUACUGCAAGUGUUCAUCAUUAUGACAGGAAACUACAACUUCUUUAACUUGCUGACUAUCACCCUGUGCAUAUCACUUUUGGAUGAUUCUUCCAGCCUCUUCACACAGCCCAGAUACAGAGUUGGAGGCAAGAAGCAGUCAAAAGCCUGGACAGUGUUGCAGAAGAUUGCCAAUAUCGUGUUUCCAGUUGUAGUUCUUGGAUACAUUAGCUACAUGAGCGUCAUUCUCUUCAGCUUGAAGUUUAACAAUGACUACACCGUCAGCUCCAAAAUUGCUUUUACCAAAGAGCAGUUUACUAACUGGCUGGAGAAGAUCAUGCCAUAUACCAUCUACCUGGGGGCAGCAUCCCUGGGUCUGGAAGUGGUCACAUCAUUCAUUAGGAGUCUGAUUGUAGAGAAGGGCUUAACCAGGAAACUGAUGUGUGUGCUGGGAACUGUGUUCUUCUCACUGGUGGCUGUGUUCAUGUUCACCAUCAGCUUGGUGCCCCAUACCAUAGUCCACAAGCCAGCACAAGGGAUACUGCCAAGGGCAGUCUUUACUUAUCAUGGUCUGACCAGGCCCUUCCACGUGACCAGCUCAUAUGGGCUGUUUAGGAGGAUGACUGGAGUUGGAGGACGACCUGAAUUGAUCAUUGAAGGUCAUGCCAAAGACAGACAAGCAGCAGAUGGUUGGUUGACUUAUGAGUUUCUCUACAAGCCUGGAAAUGUGUCUGAAGCUCCUCCAAUAGUAGCCCCUCACCAGCCCAGGCUAGACUGGCAGAUGUGGUUUGCUGCACUGGGCAACUACCAGAACAAUCCCUGGUUCCUGAACUUGGUGUGUCGACUUCUGCAGAACCAGCCGGAAGUCUUGCAGUUACUAGCUCACAACCCGUUCCCUGACAAGCCACCAAAGUACAUCAGAGCCACACUCUACCACUACCAUUACACAAGUCCCAAGGACUGUGCAGGCAAGACUCGCUGUGACUGGUGGAAGAGAGAAGAGAAGCACACAUAUCUGCCAGGGUUUUCACUGGAAGACAAGGCCUUUGCUGAUUACCUGAAGGCAUCCAAAAUACUGCAGGAUGAACCUCCAAAGAAGUUCAAGCCUGAUAGUUUCAUUGCCAAGAUGGUAUUGUGGUUCAGAGGCCAGGUAGGACAGCCAGAGGGAUUCGGUUUCACUGUUUCUUUGUUUGGUUCAGCCAUUCUUGUUAUUUUCCUUAGCAGAGCCAUUAAAAGUGUUGUUUAA